AUGUCCUCCCCAUAUACCGUGAGAUGGGGUAUCAUGGCCACUGGCGGUAUCGCCGAGACCUUCUGCAAGGACCUCCUCACAGACCCUUCAAUCCGCGGAGUAAACGACGUCAAACAUGAGAUCGUCGCCGUAGCAUCGUCCAGGUCAGCAGACGGCGCGGCCAACUUUGUCAAGCGCAUCGAUGGGCCCGCCUCGGCCAAGACGUACGGCUCGUACGCGGACCUCGUGGCCGACCCGGCCGUCGACAUCGUCUACGUAGCCACCCCGCACAGCCACCAUUUCCAGAACGCGAUGCUGUGCCUCGAAGCGGGCAAGAAUGUGCUCUGCGAGAAGGCUUUCACGGUCACGGUCGCCCAGACCAAGAAGCUUGUCGAGACGGCCAAGGCCAAGAACCUUUUCCUCAUGGAGGCUGUGUGGACGCGCUAUUUCCCACUCAGCACCAAGGUGCGAGAGCUGAUUACCUCGGGCGCUAUUGGCAAGGUGUACCGUACCAUGGCCGACCUGAGCUUUAGCAGCAGCAAGCCGGACGGCACACUCGACUUUGACCCAUCCAACAGGAUGAUCAACUCGGAUCUCGCGGGUGGUGCCCUGCUAGACCUAGGCAUCUACUCUCUCACCUGGGUAUUCCAGACACUCUACCACACGCAGCAGCAGCCGGCCAGGGAAGCCCCCAAGGUGGUGGCGGCCAUCAACAAGUACCCCGCCACGGGCGUGGACGAGCAGACGUCUAUCAUCUGCCAGUGGCCCCAGAGCAACCUCAUGGGCAUAGCCACGACGAAUCUACGCGUCAGCACCGACCCGGACGGCAAGCACACGGCUGGGCCGGCCAUCCGCAUCCAGGGUUCCGAGGGGGAGAUUCAAGUGUAUGCACCCGCGUACAGGCCUCUCAAGUACAGGGUAGUCCGCAAGGACAGCGAUGGCAAAGCCGAGACGGUCGACUGCCCCAUCCCGUCGGACCCCGAGCGCGGUGGCUGGGGCCACGGCAUGUUCUGGGAGGCUGACGAGUGCGCGCGGUGCCUGCGCGACGGCAGGAAGGAGAGCGAGACUAUGCCGUGGUCUGAGAGCAUUGCCAUCAUGCAGACCAUGGACGAGGCCCUAGCACAGGGUGGCGUGGUGUACCCUGAGCUCAUCACGACGCAUGUAUACGACGCGAAGAGUCCGCUCAACAAGGGUAACCAGUGA